UGGAACGGACAACGAGUGAGAGACAUUGGGAGAGUAGCUAGCUAGCUAACGUUAGCAUGCUAACCACCUAACGGAGUGUAGCUAUCUUGCCAUUGCCUGCAUUGUCGUUGUUGCCACGUGAGUAGGACAAUAUGAGUCGAGAGAGGGAAACGUUGGAUGAAAUCGAACAGAGUUUAUGGACUUUAACUGAGGACAAUUUACGGCACCUGUGUGUAGUUGUGGAAUAGGAGGUGUAGAUGACUGAAGUAAAAGGAAAGAGACAUCGCGCUUUGCGGCGCAAAUUGAUGGAAGAUUACUGUGAGAAGGAAGAUUUAAUGGAAUCAGAGGAUGAGGGAGUGUCUUGCCUGCUUCAACUGAAAGACGAAAUCAAAGGAAUAUCGGACUCUGAGGAUACUGUGAAAGUCUGCCUUACAAAUCCCAACCAGUCGGCGCCACGAGGUCGUUUGGACUCCGCCCAGGUCUCAGUGUCCUGUCAAGCGCCUUUGGAGGGGAGGCGGUAUCACAUCACCAAGGAGCAGCUUGAGUUCCUCAUAGAUUGUCAUAUGACCAUCAGACAAAUGGCAGAUGUUCUCAAUGUGUCGCACUCUGUGGUCAAGUUGCGCAUGAGGUGUAACAUUGUUAUCCAUGGUGCUGUGGAUGGUUACAGCAGACUUGUUGUGUUUCUGAAGGCCUCUGACAACAACAGGACCGCCACAGUCAUGGAGUCAUUCGAAGCAGCCAUCACCAGCUACGGAGUACCAUCCCAGACCCAGCUGUGCCUGCCCCUCCACAUCCUGGAGGAGAGAGGGCUCCCCCUGGUGGCCGGGACGGUACGUGCGCUCCUGGAGCUGGCCCUGCCCAAAUACACAACCUCCCCUGCCACCACCACUAACCCUCUGGCCAUGUAGGGCAGCAGAGUUCCACACUCACUCAUAGAUGGACAGAUACAGGACCCACCCUCUCGCUCUCCGAAUGUACGUUAUAUGGCUUUCCGUCUCGACCACCCCCCACUUCCCCUCAACCCCCUCCCCCUCAACCAUACAGGGUCACCCAGCCUUCCCAGACAGGUCUUCCCCAAUUAAGAGAGAAGAGGGAGCACGAGUACGUCAAAGAAAGGGAUGACUGUCUCUUCCUCUGUGUCCUCACACAGACUGCUUACGACUUGCAGCCUCUAAAGACUGACGGACGAACAGAUGGACAACCGAGAUUGUCCCAGACAAACAGUCAGUUGGACGGCGAGUAAGAGUGUUUUUUUAUUUUCUAUUAUUAGUCAUUUGACUUCUCUCUCCAUCCUCCUCUUAUCUAUGUUCAGUAGGGGUUGUUUUAUUUUCUAUUAUUAUUUCAUCUUAUUUUUCAUAUUCCUUUUACUUUCACAUGUUAGAUCCUUGCAUGUCAGAGGGGUUGGGUGGGUGUAUGGGGAAGGGUUAGGAGACUAGGAAGUUGUCGGUUGCAUAAGUAACCUUUUAAGGUCAUGUGCUACAAAGAGCAACAAUAACGGUGGUGGUCUGUCGUCAUGGGAACAUUGAUGCUGCCAACACUUAAAAUGGCUGUUAUUAAAUGAACCCGUC